UCUGUGGUCAGGGUGGACCAAGUCCCAGGUCCUGCCGCUGGCACACCGCGAAUAAUGGGAGGCGAAGAAACGUUUUUCCCCCCUCCGAUUUCAGGACGGUUUGUUCUCUGUUUAUGACUAUGAGAUUAGACAGAAAAGGGACCACAGGAAAAUCAUCAUUUGAACGUCAGAGGAGAAAAGAGAACGCAGACGUUAAUUCUAGAAGGCCUCCGGUCGGGCGCUGGCUCUUCCGGGAGACGGGUCGGUGGCGCUGAUGGAGCCCGCGGCCGCCCCCCGCUCCUGCGCGCGGGGCUCCCUUCUCUUCUUGGCGCUCCUCUGCGGGUCUGCCCUGCUCUCAGCCCAGUUCACGGUCGUAGGCCCAGCGGACCCACUCCUCGCCAUGCUGGGAGAAAACGCCACGUUUCGCUGCCAUCUGUCCCCCGAGAAGAACGCGGAGGCCAUGGAGGUGCGGUGGCUCCGGACCCGCUUCUCCCCGGCGGUGCUGGUGUACAAGGGCGGACGAGAGAGGACGGAGGAGCAGGUGGAGGAGUACCGGGGAAGGACCACGUUCGCGAGCGAAGACAUCCAGAAGGGAAGCGUGGCGCUCACCGUACACAACGUCACGGCACACGACAACGGCGUCUACCGCUGCUACUUCCAAGAAGGCAGGUCCUACGCUGAGGCCGUCCUGCGGCUGCUGGUGGCAGGCGUGGGCUCCAAGCCCCUGGUUGAACUGCAGGGCCAGGAGGACGGGGCCGUGCGGCUGGAAUGCACCUCCGGGGGGUGGUUCCCGCAGCCCCGCGCCGCGUGGAGGGACCCGUACGGGGACGCCAUGCCCGGCCUGGAGGAGGCUUACACCGCGGGCGCAGACGGCCUCUUCACGGUCACCGUGGCCGUGGUCGUCAGGGACGGCUCUGUGAGGAACGCGUCCUGCGUCGUCACCAACACCCUGCUUGGCCAGGAGAAGGAAGCUGUGGUUUUCAUUCCAGAAUCCUUGCCCCCCCGCACGUCCCCCUGGAUGGCGUUCCUGGCUGCCACCCUGCCUUCUCUGCUGCUCCUCGUUGCUGGAAGCAUCUGUCUUGCCCGGAAACUCCGCAGGGAAAAAGAGGUUGAAAAUGAAGAGAAAGAAAUUGCCUGUCAGGAACUGGGGAAGGAAGAUGUGGAAAGAGAGAAAGAACGUCAAAUAAGAGAGCAACUUCAAGAAGAAUUGCGAUGGAGGAGAAGCCUGCUCCACGCUGCCGACGUGGUCCUGGACCCCGACACGGCGCACCCCGAGCUCCUGCUGACGGAGGACCGGAGAGGCGUGCGGCGGGGGCCCCGCCGGCGCAGUGUCCCUGACUCGCCGGACAGGUUCGACGGCCGGCCGUGCGUGCUGGGCCUGCCGAGCUUCUCCUCGGGGCGGCACUGCUGGGAGGUGGAGGUGGAGAACGUGAUGGUGUGGGCCGUGGGGCUGUGCAGAGACAGCGUUGAGAGGAAAGGAGAGGCCUUGCUCGUCCCGCAGAAUGGCUUCUGGACCCUGGAGAUGUUCGGGAGCCAGUACCGGGUCCUGUCUUCCCCCGACAAGGUGCUGCCCCUGCGGGAGCGGCUCCGCCGCGUGGCCGUCUUUCUGGACUUCGAGGCCGGAGAUAUCUCCUUCUACAACAUGAGGGACAGGUCCCACAUCUACACGUGUCCCCGCGCACGCUUCUCUGGGCCCCUGCGGCCCUUCUUCAGGCUGGGGUCUGAUGACAGCCCCCUCUUCAUCUGCCCCGCCUUCACGGGGGCCCGGGGGGUCCCGGUGCCGGAGGAUGGCCUGGUCCUUCACCACCCGGGGACCCACCGGGUUCAGUUCCCUGGGCUCAGUGACACGUAGAGGGGCCCUGGCCGUUGCCUGGCAUGACACUGGGCACGGGAACAGCCUCCCGAGGCCCUUCUGACACCCUCUGUAGUCGCAGCCCCUUCCGCCCUCAUCAGGCCGUUGUUUCGGUUAAGCAUUUGCUGGUGACCGUGGGGGCACAGGCCAGCCUCAGAGCCAUGCUGCCACGCAGCUCCCAACCAGGAAGAAAGUGAGAAAGUGACGGGUUUUAACAUCGGUGUGACACAGUCAGGUGCUCAGGUGGACGUGGCUCUGUGGCCUCGGGGUGACAGACACAGGACACACUGGGCUGUGAGGGGAGGGAAACCACAGGAGUAGUCAGGGACAGGGCAGCCAAGCCUGGCUGGUGGGAGGGGACAGGGGCCCGGGUGCCACUGAGCCUCAGUGACAGCUCCGGGGGCUCAGGAGCUGCUGGUUCAUUUCCACCCCCUCCCUCCCCACACGGAGAUUUGCAGACGGUGCUCCUGGCCUAGAACCGAGCUGAAGAAGGAUGAAAGAUGGAAGACUCGUGUUGGCCUGGCUCAGGGGUCCCCUCAGUAAACGGGGAGUCACAGUGACUGAGUAUGGCCCAAGGGUUAAGGUCGCAGCUGAGUGACCCAAGUGGACCGCCAGGUUCAGGUUCAGUGGACAGGGCAGCAGUUUUCACCGUUUGACCUCAGGCUGCCUUUAGACAUGAAAAAUUAUUGAGGACCCCAAAGAGCUUUGGCUCCUUGGGUUGUAUCUGUGAAUAUUUAUGGAAUUAAAGGUUGACAUCAAAAUAUUUAAAGAAUGUAUUUAUAAUUUAUAUGAAAACAGCAAUAAUAAACCAAUUAUAAGUUAAUAU